AGCAGGAGCUGCUGUCGGGCGGCCACGCACAGCGGCUCCCGCGUGGGAAGGUCCCGAGCAAACGCAGAGCGUGUCCCCGGAUGUUGUCACAGCCACGAGCCACGAGGAGAAGUGGGUCCCGGCUGCUUCCCCGCAUCUGCCUCCGGAAGAGCUCAGGGAGCCAGGCAGAUGCCGCCCUGGGCCCCGCGGCCAUCCUGGACUCGCCCGUUCGCGGUUAGGGGAGCUUGAGAGAGAGCGCUGGGACCCUACUUCCUGAAAGCGGGCAGCUGAGCGCGAGGUCCUACUCCCGAAGUCAUUUUAAACUCUUGGAGCAAACUUCUCAGUAGGGUCGACAAGACGCAGGGCAUGUGCUAGACCUCAGCGUACAUGUUGCAGCCUCCCUGAGAUCGGGACUCUCAAGUAUGCCAGGAAACGACACCCUGGUGACCAGCCCUGUGUCAACGAGCCUGGUUUCUGCUCACAGUCCCUGUAACGUGUCCUUCGAGGACAGCAGAGUGUUCCUGGUGGCGGCGUACAGCUUGGUGUGCGUGCUGGGGCUCCCGGCCAACUGCCUGACGGCGUGGCUGACGCUGCUCCGGGCGCGGCAGGGCAACGUGCUGGCCGUCUACCUGUUCUGCCUGGCGCUCUGCGAGCUGCUCUACAUCAGCACCCUGCCCCUGUGGAUCGUCUACAUCCAGAACAAGCACCACUGGACUCUGGGCCUGUGGGGGUGCCAGGUGACCGGCUACAUCUUCUUCUGCAACCUGUACAUCAGCAUCCUCCUCCUGUGCUGCAUCUCCUGCGACCGCUUCGUGGCGGUGGUGUACGCCCUGAAGACCCGCGGCCGCCGCCACCAGAGGACCGCGGUCCUCGUCUCGGUGGCCGCCUUCCUUGUCGUCGGCCUGGUUCACUACCCAGUGUUUCAGAUGGAAGAGGGGGGGACCUGCUUUGAGACGAUGCCGGCCAACAGCAAGAUCGCCACCUACUGCUACUUGCGCUUUGCCGUGGGCUUCGCCGUCCCCCUCGCCAUCAUUGCGUUCACCAACCAGCGGGUCUUCAGGAGCGUCAGGCUGAGCACGGGCCUGAGCGCCGCCCAGAAGGCCAAGGUGAAGCAUGUGGCCGUCGCCGUGGUGGCCAUCUUCCUGGUCUGCUUCGCACCUUACCACCUGGUGCUCCUGGUCAAGGCCGUCGCCUUCUCCUACUACGGGGAGGACUCCAACUCCAUGUGCGCCUUUGAAGCCAGGCUGUACACGCUCUCUGUGGUCUUCCUGUGCCUGUCCACGAUGAACAGCGUGGCCGACCCCCUCAUCUACGUGCUGGCCAUGGACCAAGGGUGGCAGAACGUGUCCCGAGUCCACAAGGAAUGGAAAAACUGCUCCUCGAGGACAAAUGUCAAGCUUGAGUGUUCCAAGAACUCAGAGGAGGCGCCACGGCCCAUGACACUCACGAACGGCUCUGUGCUCCCCUGGACUGCUGGCCCGCCAGAGUCGCAGGCGGGCACGUGGGGCUCAGCACGCACCUCGGAGAGGCUGGGCGAAGCGUCCUGUUGAGCUGGCGUGGGGGCCCAGGAGCCAGUAGUGUGCGUUGAGCGGGCCAGCGAGUGUCCACGGCGCUGGCCCGGAAGCCCCCUCUGGAAAACCUGACACCAAUCUCUCAUUCCGGGAGCCACGCCCUCCGCAAGCUUCUGAGCAUCAGAGUCCUGG